AUGUCCACUCUUCCAAGGUGGAACGAGUUACUAUUCAAGAACACUACCACAAUAAGGGGAAGAAACGACGAGAAUGAGGCGCCAAUCUUCGAUUCCGAAUGCUACGCAUGCACUCAUGUGGGCGUCCCGGUGUUCCACUCCUCCCGGUGCGACUCCUCCACCGAGCCCAACUGGGAGGCGUCCGCCGGUUCCUCCCUGCGUCCCUUUCGCGCUCUCACGAGCAGGGCCCACCGCGCAAUCCUCCGAACCCAAUCCUCUUUGGCGGGUGGCGUGGUGGACCCGCGGACCAAGGGCGUGAAGAGGUGGAACCGCAUUGUGCUGCUGGCGCGCGGCGUGUCGUUGGCAGUGGACCCGCUGUUCUUCUACGUGGUGUCGCUGAGCGCGGGCGGGUCCCCCUGCUUCUACGUCGACGUGGCACUGGCGGCAGUGGUGACGAUCGCCCGGACGGGGCUGGAUGUGUUGCAUUUGGGGCACCUGUGGCUUCAGUUCAGGCUGGCGUACGUGGCCAGUGAGUCCAUGGUGGUUGGCUGUGGGAAACUCGUGUGGGACGCACGUGAGAUCGCGUUGCACUACUUCCGGUCCUUCAAGGGGUUUUGGCUUGACGCCUUUGUGAUUCUCCCGAUUCCUCAGUUAAUAAUUUGGCUAGUGGUACCAAAGCUACUGCGACAGGAGAGGAUCUCACUGAUAAUGACGACACUCCUAUUGACCUUCUCGUUUCAAUUCCUCCCAAAAGUGUAUCACACCAUUUACUUGAUGAAACGACUACAGAAGGUCACCGGCUAUGUUUUUGGCAGCGUUUGGUGGCGUUUUACCCUCAACAUCAUCGCUUACUUAAUUGCCUCUCACCGUUUGGUGGCCUCAUUCGGCAACGAACUAGAACCUACAUCUAACUGGCUCGAAUUGAUAUAUUCUUGCUUAAUAACAAUGGCAGGAUUGGUGCUCUUUGUUACACUACUUGGGAAUAUACAGGUGUUUCUCAACAUGGUCAUGGCAAAUAAGAAGAAAAUUCAGCUGAAAUAUAGAGAUCUGGAAUGGUGGAUGAGGAGGAGACAAUUGCCUUCUCAUUUGAGGGAAAGUGAAAGAGUUCGCCAUUUUCAACACGAAAGCUGGGCAGCCAUGGGAGGACAGGAUGAGAUCGAACUCAUCCAAGAUUUCCCUGACGGCCUCCGCAGAGAUAUCAGGCGUUAUCUUUGCCUAGACCUUGUCAAGAAGGUUCCUCUGUUCCACAUGCUAGAUGAUCUCAUUCUUGACAACAUCUGUGACCGAGUCAGGCCUCUAAUUUACUCCAAGGGCGAAAAGAUGAUUAGAGAAGGAGAUCCUAUCCAAAGGAUGGUUUUCAUCGUCCGGGGACGCGUAAGACGCAGCCAAGGCCUAAGCAAAGGCUUCCUAGCCACAAGCACCCUCGAGCCCGGCGGAUUCUUCGGCGACGAGCUUCUCUCGUGGUGCCUCCGCCGUCCAUUCGUGGACCGCCUCCCCACCUCCUCCGCCACCUUCACUUCCACCGAACCGAUCGAAGCCUUCGCGAUCGACGCUGACCAUCUCCGGUACAUCAUCGAUCACUUCCGCUACAAGUUCGCCAGCGAGAGGCUAAAGAGAACGACGAGAUACUACUCCUCCAACUGGCGAACGUGGGGGGCAGUGGUCAUACAGCUCGCAUGGCGGCGAUACCGGAGGAGGACUAAGGGAAUUGCACCGGCUCCGAUAAAUGGAGGGACGACAAAGAAUCGGCUCCGGCAGUAUGCCGCCAUGUUCCUCUCGCUCCGACCACAUGACCACCUUGAAUAG